CCGGGGCUACCGCUACGGGCCGGCGCCCCGCCGCCAGGAGCGGAGGCGGGAGGGAAGGAAGGAAGAAGGGAGGAAGGACCCCCGCGCUACCGGCGCUAAUGGCGGCCGCCGCCAACGACCGCGACGCCGCGCAGGAAAAGUUGCAUCCAAGAAAUCUUAUACCAGAGCUUUGUAGACUGUUUUAUGGUUUAGGCUGGGUAACAGGAACUGGUGGAGGAAUCAGCUUGAAACAUGGGAAUGAGAUCUACAUCGCUCCAUCAGGAGUCCAAAAGGAAAGAAUACAGCCAGAAGAUAUGUUUGUUUGUGACAUGAAUGAACAGGACAUCAGUGGUCCUCCACCACAGAAGAAACUAAAGAAAAGCCAGUGUACACCUCUUUUUAUGAAUGCCUACACUAUGAGAGGGGCAGGCGCAGUGAUCCAUACUCAUUCCAAGGCUGCUGUUAUGGCUACCCUUCUUUACCCAGGGAGUGAGUUCAGCAUUACCCAUCAGGAGAUGAUAAAAGGAAUCCAGAAGUGUACUUCAGGAGGCUCUUACCGAUAUGAUGAUACACUAGUGGUUCCCAUUAUUGAGAAUACACCAGAAGAGAAGGAUCUCAAGGAAAGAAUGGCACGUGCACUGGAAAAAUACCCAGACACUUGUGCUGUAUUGGUCAGACGUCAUGGAGUUUAUGUAUGGGGAGAAACAUGGGAAAAAGCCAAAACGAUAGAAUGUUUUCAUCCUACUUCAUCCUGAAGUAUCAGUCCAGUGGAAAUGACAGAGUUCAAAUUCUGCAAAUAAGAGAAGAAACUUGUUUUUGAAGAAAUAAACAAAAGACAGACAGCUGAACUGCAGCAGGGAUCACUGAAAUGCUGGUAGCCAGGAGAGGUUAAAGUCAGGAUAGUUUCAUGACUUGUCUUUUCAUACCUUGUCAGCUGUGCACUGAAAUUGUCCUUUUUAAUAUUAUCAAUGUCUACAGAUGAAAUUCUCAACGUCUUCUAUGCUCUUUACAUGGGGUAGAAAGACUGAAAUGUCAAAAAGGCUAAGAUCAGGCCAGACGUAAUUCACCAGGGUGGAGAAUAAUGUAAGCAACUGAAGCCUUCCUUGCAGAACUCUGGGCUGAGCAUAAGGCAGUGAUUUCAGGAGCAGAGGGUAUAACACUUCCUAAGGAUUUGUAGAUGUCCUUGGGAAUCAGCUUCUAUAACCCAAACAGUCUCUUGGGACUAUCUAAAAUAUCCUAUUUGGUCAUUUCAGCUUCACGUGAGCACAAUAGCAGUAUAAAAUCACAACAUCCUCUCCCAAACUAUGACUUCCAUGCUUGAGUUCUUAGAGGAUAAAGGUGGGAUUUUGCAGCUGGGUAAAAAUUAAUACCUGUUCAGAGAAGUAAUAUCAGGUCUUUGACUCAUCUAUGAUCCAUGUCACCUCUAUAAAGGUUUUGUUCUUCCUUAUGCAUCUUUCAAGCACUUAUAGCUUGAAAGUGCUAUCCAAAAAAAGGAGGUAGGUUUCAGAUACUUAUAAUGGACUUCCUCGUAAAAACUUUUGCAUUCAAAUAAAAGAUUUACGUUUUUAAAAUACAAGCUGUAUGUGAAGUAGAAUAAGUAACCAGUAGCAAACAACAUCUUAAGCCAUACCUGGGUGUUAGACUGAACACAGCAGAGAGCAGCCUCCUCCUAUUUGAGAAAUCUCAGCCUAGUAUCCGUUCCUAAAGAUGGAUGCCUAAGCACUGUCUUUGACAAAAAGGUAACCAGGGAUUAUUAAUUUAUUCCUGAGGAGAAGGAAGUACCGGCUCCUUCA